UACCUUACGCCUAUAUAUAUAACGCCAGUUGAACCCUUCGCUCUCGCUACUGUAACUCCUUCGCUCAAAACUCUGCAAAAUGGAGCUUUCUUCAAUUUCAACAACUCCAAAAGGAUUUUUCAAUUCUUCAUCAGAGAGAUUGUUGCUCAAGAGGUUGAUGCUGCCUAUAUGGUAUGGAGGUUCUCUCCGCAUGUCACCAAUUAAAGGAACUAACGGACCUUUGAGUCAAACAGGAUUUCUGGUUCGAAAGGAAAAUCGUGUGCAGGUUUCAUGCAUCCAAAAGAAGGACAUUCCUGUGAUCCAGACCAGGUGUAUGGAUGAGAUAUAUGAUGCCUUGGCUGAUCGUCUUGUUCCAACAGCAGCAGCUGCAUCAAAUCCCCAUUUAAAGUAUAUUGUGGGUCUGGCUGGCCCUCCUGGUGCUGGAAAGAGUACCCUUGCAUCUGAAGUAGCUCACCGUGUUAACAAGUUAUGGCCCCAAAAAUCUUGUUCCUUCGAUUCUCAAGUUGAGCCUCCAGAUGUCACUACAGUUCUUCCCAUGGAUGGAUUUCACCUCUAUCGUCACCAGCUGGAUGCAAUGCAGAAUCCAGAGGAAGCCCAUGCAAGAAGGGGAGCUCCGUGGACGUUUGAUCCUAAACUUCUGCUAACAUGUCUGGAGACUUUGAGGAAUCAGGGAUCGGUUUAUGCUCCAUCGUUUGACCAUGGUGUUGGAGAUCCAAUAGAAGAUGAUAUCUAUGUGAAUCUUCAGCACAAAGUGGUGAUAGUAGAAGGUAACUAUUUGCUAUUGGAAGAAGGGGUCUGGAAGGAGAUAUCAUCUAUGUUUGAUGAGAAGUGGUUCAUUGAGGUAGACAUUAAUACAGCAAUGCAACGAGUUUUAAAGAGACAUAUAUCAACUGGAAAGACACCGGAUAAUGCUAAGUGGCGGAUAGAGUACAAUGACCGGCCCAAUGCAGAGCUCAUAAACAAGUCGAAGAAAAAUGCAGAUCUGGUAAUCAAGUCCGUUGACUGGUGACUCACCGGUGGUGAAGUUGAAUGCUAUCUGUUUGUAACUAGGAGAUAGUUUCCGUUUGUGAAUUCAUCGCAAAUUCUCAAAUAAGCUGAAAGAAGAAAAUGCAGAUCCAGUUAUUUGAAGUUGAUUAGAAGGGAAAAAAUAGGAAAUGUCACAAGGUCAGUACUACCUGUUUUUCAUUUAGUUGAUAAAAAAUAAAGUAAAUAAGGGAACUUAGGGAAGUUGAUUCCUUCGUCCUUUAAGUAAUGUCAAUGCAUAUAUGAAUAUUUAUUUAUGGAGAAUUUUAGACAGCAUUUCUUUCUUAUUGCAAAA